AUAAGCAGUAUUAAUAAAUCUGCUUUGCACGUAUAAUUUUUAAUACUUUGUUAUUUAACUCUUGUCUACUUGUGUUGAAUAAUUUACAAAUAUGGCUGAUGGAACCCAAAUACUUAGACGAAACCAACCCGGUUCCAGAGCAAAGGAUUUCUGUCGUUGGCCCGAUGAACCAUUUGAAGAAAUGGACAGUACCUUAGCUGUACAGCAAUUCAUUCAACAAACUAUUCGACGUGACCCUGCUAAUUUAGAAGCUAUCUUAAAGAUGCCAGAGGCCCAAGAUGAAGGUGUAUGGAAAUAUGAGCAUUUGAGGCAAUUUUGUAUGGAGUUGAACGGACUAGCAGUCCGGUUACAGAGUGAAUGUAAACCAGAAACUUGUACACAAAUGACUGCAACAGAACAGUGGAUUUUCCUGUGUGCUGCUCAUAAGACACCUAAGGAGUGUCCUGCCAUAGAUUAUACACGGCACACACUGGAUGGUGCUGCAUGUCUACUCAACAGUAACAAAUACUUUCCAAGCAGGGUCAGCAUAAAGGAAUCAUCAGUGGCUAAAUUAGGCUCAGUUUGCCGGAGGGUGUAUAGAAUUUUUUCACACGCAUACUUCCAUCACCGUGCCAUAUUUGAUGCUUUUGAGAAGGAAACGCAUCUGUGCAAGAGAUUUACAUACUUUGUUACAAAGUAUUCAAUAAUAUCGAAAGAAAUUCUAAUACUUCCAAAACUUGAUGAUGAAACACCAAUUGCACAAACUAUUGGUGAAUCAGAAGCUUAGAUCUGAGUUUACUAUUAAGUAUUUUCUUGAUAUAUUAAUAGUUUUAAUUAUAAAUUACUUCUUUAUAGUAAUAGUAGUAUAUUAAUCACUUUAUAUGACUUGUGAUUAUUUAUAAUACUUAUAAACAUUAGUUCUUUAAUGAUAAAUAUGUUUGAGAUACUUUUAUUCUUUCAAGUAGUUCUGAAUUUCAUGAACCAAACUUGGAUUCUAUUAUUUAGCUACAGAAAAUUUUGAAAUAAAGAUUUACAAAAAUGGCUGUAAAUUUGUCAGUCUGUCAAUACUAAAUCAUUGGAUUCAGUUGCAUUUACAAAUAAAAUUAAUUUAAAGUUAUAAUAAUGGCAAUA